AUGGCCUUCGUUCUCGCGUACGGCGCGCGCGAAAUCGUCGUCCCGAGCGAGGGCGCCGGCGUUGUGGUCGGUCGACAUCGCGAUUGCGCCCUGAGAGCCGGUUCCGACGGCGACGCGACGACGAGCCGGCGACACGCGGAGUUUCGAACGAGAGCCGACGCGUGCGAGGCGAGAGACUUGGGGAGCGCGCACGGCACGAGAUUCGCGCAGCGCGACGGCGUCGUGGUCGAGGUGACGUCCACGUGGACGCGCGUGUGCGGGAGAGACGACGGCGAGCGGGUGGUGACGCUCGGGAAGGGGGCGACGGAGAUUACGGUUAGAUUUCGGUUCGAAGACGACGGGAGCGAGACGGAGCGCGAUGAUGAUGAUGAGAGCGAAACGGAGGAUGCGGCACCGAAAACGAUGGUGAUGGACGACGGGGAGAUGGCUCGGAGCGAUAGACGACGUGGGCAGACGGAGACGCUGGGGGAGGCGGAGACGGUGACGAUUGGGGUGGGACGGACGAGACGCGACGCUGACGGGAACGCGAGCAGACGCGAUGUGGACGACGGCGGGGAGAAUUUCAAGCGAUUCAAGAAACAAUACGUCGUUGGUUUGUUCGAGAAGAGUGACUCACCGAAAAAGAAAAAGGCGAUAUCGCCUCGAAGAAGAGCCCCGGAGCCGUGUGCAAACGUGUACGAGCACACGGCGGAGGAGAUCGAGCGGCUCAGGGCUGAGCGCGAGGCCGAGGUAGACGCUGAAGUCGAGGCAGACAAGCUCUUUGACAUAGGGCUACCGAGCUCCAAAAAGCAGGCGCCAGCGAAGCGUAAGACGCCCGCAAAGAGAAAGUGA